AUGUCUGCCCCCAGGUUUAUCCAGCGCGUCAUGCGCCCUGCGCCGUCCUACACCUUGAAGGCCAUCAACCGUUCAUUCGGCACAUCGGCUCUGCGUCUCAAGGAUCCCGAUGUCAACGACCGGGCUCCCUCGACAACCCAGGGACACCGUGACGCCCAAACCAAGAAGAACACCAAUCCGUUCGUCCCCAAUACGACUUCCACAAUGACCAAUGACUUCCCUAGUGUUGGAUCCCGGCCCGCGCCGCCCGAGAUGCUGAACUCGGUCGACCCGAACUACCGCCCAGCUGAUCCAUACCCCGGCAAGAUUGAGCACUUCACCGGCGGCCGUCAGGACCAGGGUGCGCAGAAGCCCGAGCUGGGAGUCGGAGAGAUGGAGGGUAUUACCUUCAAGGUUGAGCCACUGAAGAGAGUUGGAGAGGACGUCACCACCAAGAGAGCACGCCUGCUAUAUCAGAGUCGGAAGCGAGGUAUCCUUGAGUCCGACUUGCUCCUGUCUACAUUCGCCGACGUCUACCUGCGUACCAUGGACGCGGAACAGCUGCAGGAGUACGAUAGCUUCCUGGAUGAGAACGACUGGGAUAUCUACUACUGGGCGACACAGGACCCGCCCGCUGAUGAGCCCGGAGCUGACCCCCGGCCAUCCGAAGACACGCUGACCGAGACCUGGAAGGAGACCAGUGCCAAGAGCGGCGAGUGGGCGCAGACCAUUGGAGCGUUCAGGGCGGCAUAUCGCCCGGUCCCCAUGCGCUGGAAGGAAUCGAAGGUACUGGAGUUGCUGCGGGAGCAUGUCCGUGAUAAGAGCGCAACUGGCUUUGAGUCGGCGAAGAGUAAGAAGACUGGCGGUGGAUUGGGCCGUAUGCCGAAUGUGCAGGUAUUUAACUAG